AUUUACACCGUAGCUGCCCACUGGAUACACAAUUCAGACAUGGGCUCAAGCGGACCGCCCACUAAUGGUGUUGACCGCCACCCAACAAAGGUCUUCUUCUUUGACAUUGACAAUUGUCUAUACCCCAAAAGCGCAAAAGUACACGAUCGCAUGGCAGAUUUGAUCGACAAAUACUUUGCAGAACACUUGUCACUCCCUUGGGAUGAGGCGGUACGACUCCACAAAGAGUACUAUCAGAAUUACGGCUUGGCAAUCGAGGGACUUGUUCGACAUCACCAGAUCGACCCCCUUGAGUACAACUCAAAAGUAGAUGAUGCCUUGCCACUUGAGGGCAUAAUAAAGCCCAACCCACAGCUUCGGAAAAUGCUUGAAGACAUCGACCGAAGUAAGGUCAAGCUCUGGCUGUUUACAAACGCUUAUGUAAACCAUGCUCGGAGGGUCGUUCGGCUGCUGGAAAUCGAGGACCUCUUUGAUGGCAUAACAUAUUGCGACUACGCUUCACAGCCCCUCGUCUGCAAACCGCACGAGAACGCAUUUGCAAACGCCAUGAAAGAUGCGGGUGUCGAGAACGUCGAUGACUGUUACUUUGUCGACGACAACUAUCAAAACUGCAAAAAGGCAGACGAGAUUGGCUGGCAUACUGCUCAUCUUGUUGAAGAGGGCGUCAAGGUUCCCAGGACACCGGCCUCUGAGCAUCAGAUUCGCUCCCUGGAGGAAUUGCGCAACGUAUUCCCUGAGGUUUUCAAGAAACCGUAG